AUGGAGGGGAAAUACGAAACCCUAACCUACGGCACCGCCGCCCCUUCCUCUUCGCGCCGCGAGGACCAUGUUGCAUCGCCGGGCAAGUGGAGGGACUGGGCGUCGCUACCCCGGGACGUCCUAUACGUCGUUCUCAGCAAACUCCCGCAGACGGAAAUCCUCGGCGCUGCAGUGCUCGUGUGCUCGCCAUGGCGGCGGCUAGCCUUGGAGGAGCACCUGCUGUGGCGGCGCAUCGAUCUACGUCUGUGGGACGAGAAAGAGCGGCACCCGGACGGAUGGAAGGCCAUGGCUCUCGCCGCACUGGAGCGCAGCGCCGGCAGGUGCGAGUCGUUCAAAGGCCACGUGGACGCCGACGUCCUAGUCCACCUCGCCAACAGAGCGCCAUUGCUGAGGAAGCUCAAUGUCACAGGCUGGCCUUACAUCAAGGACAAAAAACUCGUCAGGGACAUCAUCAAGAAGCUCCCUCUCCUGGAGCGCCUCGUGCUCUCGGACGGCCGUUUCCAGGAAGAGCUACUUCUUGCCCUUCUUGACUACUGCCCACGCCUUGAGCUGCUAGAUCUCACUGACUCUUGGCCAACGUUUAGGGUCUGGGAAGAGCCUAUUAACACGACGAUCCAGAACUGCAACAUCAAAUACCUCUGCAUGCCACUCGAGGUUUUGGACUAG